CGCCUCCCAGGCUCUUGGAGCGCCUCCGGCUCCCGUCUCGGGCUGCCCUACGCUUUGCUCGGAGCCCGGCGAUCUGUCAGCGGAGCAGGCCAGGGGGAGCCGCCAGGCCCGCCGGGCUCGGGUUACCAGUGACUGACAGCGUCUCCAUGGCGAAUAAUUUGACUCCGACUAUUGUCUGGCGCGGGCAGGCCCCGGGUCAGAUAACCAGACCAAUCAGGGCGCGGGCCGCCGCGCCUCAUGCCCGCUUAGAAUAAUAUUAUUAAAAAAGCAGCGAGCGAGCUAGACGGGAGGGAGAGCGAGCGAGAAGCGAACGAGGGAGCGGCUGGCGGGCGGGAGGGCGCGGAGCAUGCGGAGCGGUGUCCCGGGCGGCCCCCGGGCUUGGACGAGGACUCAGGAGAAGUGCGCGGGCGGCGGGGUCGCGGAGCGGCGCGGAACCCGCGGCCGGCUCGGGGACGUCCUGCAGUGACUCGGAGUUCUUUGGGAGCCAGCGCCAGGCCAGGCCCCCGCCCCCGCCCGCCUCUUAGCCCGGACGGUCCGGCGGGGAGGCGCCCAUGCCGGACCGCGCGGCGCGCUGAGGGCGCGCGCGGGUGGGCGCAACCGGCACCAUGUCUAUGCUACCCACCUUCGGCUUCACGCAGGAGCAAGUGGCGUGCGUAUGCGAGGUGCUGCAACAGGGCGGCAACAUCGAGCGGCUGGGCCGCUUCCUGUGGUCGCUGCCCGCCUGCGAGCACCUCCACAAGAAUGAAAGCGUGCUCAAGGCCAAGGCGGUGGUGGCCUUCCACCGCGGCAACUUCCGCGAGCUCUACAAGAUCCUGGAGAGCCAUCAGUUCUCGCCGCACAACCACGCCAAGCUGCAGCAGCUGUGGCUCAAGGCGCACUACAUCGAGGCGGAGAAGCUGCGCGGCCGGCCCCUGGGCGCUGUGGGCAAGUACCGAGUGCGCCGCAAGUUUCCCCUGCCGCGCUCCAUCUGGGACGGCGAGGAGACCAGCUACUGCUUCAAGGAAAAGAGUCGAAGCGUGCUGCGCGAGUGGUACGCUCACAACCCCUACCCCUCACCCCGCGAGAAGCGCGAGCUGGCGGAAGCCACGGGCCUCACCACCACGCAGGUCAGCAACUGGUUCAAGAACCGGCGGCAGCGCGACCGGGCAGCCGAGGCCAAGGAAAGGUACGAGGAGAACAGCGAGAACUCCAACUCCAACAGCCACAAUCCGCUGGCUGCGUCGCUGAACGGCAGCGGCAAGUCUGUGCUAGGCAGCUCGGAGGACGAAAAGACGCCGUCGGGGACGCCAGACCACUCGUCGUCCAGCCCCGCGCUGCUGCUCAGCCCGCCGCCGCCACCCGGGCUGCCGUCCCUGCACAGCCUGGGCCACCCUCCGGGCCCCAGCGCCGUGCCCGUGCCCGUGCCGGGGGGAGGCGGCUCGGACCCACUGCAGCAUCACCACGGCCUGCAGGACUCCAUCCUCAACCCCAUGUCGGCCAACCUCGUGGACCUGGGCUCCUAGAGCCCCGCCUGCCUCGACGCGCUUGCCUUCUGGGCUGGUCGCUCGGGACCUGAGAAGGACCGUGUCCGGAGGGCGCCCCGCGCCGGCGACCCCACCAGGUACUGAAAGACCCGCGCGCUGAGCGGGCAGAACUGCCGGCCCGGGCAGGGCGGAUGGCUCUCUGGUUUAGUCUUUGUUCGGGAUUUAUUUUCAACAAGUUGCUUUGGAGAUCCUUUGGAGGCCUGGGACCGGGUCUUGAACCAGGGAAGGGAAUAAAUUAUACACCAUUCUCCUA